AUGCAAUUUCACAGAUUUACUCCUCUUCUUCUUCUCUUACUUUCAUUCCUCUAUGCUGCCAAAGCAGACCCCUCAAUCGACUAUUUAUCGACUGCCCUAGAAAUCCGAGCCCCGGGUGACCUUGAUCUCUUCGUCGAUGGUCGAUCCAACGCUCUGGGAGCCCGAGCAAACGCAGCCCAGAUGCUCGCCGCACCCCUGACAGCUAUAGGAGCCUCUGCCCUUGCCACAUGUCGGUAUCUCCAUGAAAUAGCAUGCUACGUCCACUUGUCCAUCGUGCUCUCCGCAUCUAUGACGUACUUCGGCUACGUCUUCUACGACAUUAUCAAGCGCGAUGCAAUCCGCACGGCCAAUGAGAUGCAGCAGCUAUCUAAUAGCGUAGCGCUAAGUAACCAAGACGUGGAUGCCUCUUCCCGACGCCUGGAACACGAAAAGACUACACAGUCCUACGAGCGGUGGAAGGAUAAGCAGGAGAUGAGAAAACGCAGUUGGAGAGAUACCUGGCAGCCUAGCUACAACGCGUACAAAAAACUGGCCAAGAGCAACACAGCCCUAAAGCCAAAAGUGGAGGAAGCAGAGAAACUGAUGGAGCAGACCCUCAAAGCCGAAGACGCCUUCAUCAAAGCGGAAGCCGACUCCAUAUCCCUGGAGGAUGUCCUAGAAGGCAACGAAGGCACCUUGUCCAUCGCCGAGCUCCGCGCACUAGAAGAAAAAGCCGAAGAAGCAAUCAAAGCGCUCCAAUCUGGUCUCGAAGAAAUCAUCAACCGCGAAGAAUCGAGUUUGGAAACGAUGAACGAAAUGGCCUUUGGAAAUAAAGACUACAACCCCCUGCUGGAGGGACACAUGACACGCCGGAUGCUCGAGAGCCAGUUACCGCAGCUCAUUAUGGAGCGGAAUGAGGACUGUGAUACUGAAGUCUGCCUUAGACUGUGGUACUCCAAGACUCUGCCGGACCCAAGUAUCAAGCGCGAUCUUUCCUCGGCGGACAUCAUCCACAAUAUCUACUCGACGCCUCCGGAUUACGAAUUCGGGGAAAAGCACAAGCUGACGCGUCGCACGGACAACUAUAUGAUCAUGGACGAGUUUAUGGAAUGUGAGGUCGAGGAGCAUGUGGAGAUGGGCAACGAGGGUGUUCUUUUCCGGAUGGCUGCCAUGCCGGGCGAGGAUACGGAUAGUCUUUUUGCGAUUGAUGCGAUGAACAAGGCGCAGCAGGCACAGUACCGGUCUUCGCUCAUGUCGGGCAACAUGACUAUUUGGGAGAGUGGAGAGUGGAAUUGUGUGAAUGCUGAUACGGAUGGGGGUGAGCCGGCUAUCAGGGCGGUUGCUAUUUUCACUAAUGACAUCGCGAAGCUGAAUGAAGAUGUCACGGAUAAGUUUAGUCUUUGUGAGAGUGCUCUUUCUUCGUCAACCUAA